CUUGCUGCAGCCAUGGUCAACCCCACCGUGUUCUUCGACAUCGCGGCUGAUGGCGAGGCCUUGGGCCGCGUCUCCUUCGAGCUGUUUGCAGACAAAGUUCCAAAGACAGCAGAAAACUUUCGUGCUCUGAGCACUGGAGAGAAAGGAUUUGGAUAUAAGGGUUCUUCCUUUCACAGGAUUAUUCCAGGAUUCAUGUGCCAGGGUAGUGACUUCACACGCCAUAAUGGCACUGGCAGCAGAUCCGUCUACGGAGAAAAAUUUGAGGAUGAGAACUUCAUCCUGAAGCAUACAGGUCCUGGCAUCUUGUCCAUGGCAAAUGCUGGACCAAACACAAACGGUUCCCAGCUUUUUAUCUGCACCACCAAGACUGAGUGGCUGGAUGGCAAACAUGUGGUCUUUGGGAAGGUGAAAGAAGGCAUGAAUAUUGUGGAAGCCAUGGAGCGUUUUGGGUCCAGGAAUGGCAAGACCAGCAAGAAGAUCACCAUUUCCGACUGUGGACAACUCUAAUUUUUUUGACUUGCGGGCUUCUUACCCACCAGACCAUUCCUUCUGUAGCUCAGGAGA